AUGUCCCUUCGCAAUAUCAGAUUACAAGAAGAAAGAAAACAGUGGAGAAAAGAUCAUCCAUUUGGCUUCUUCGCUAAACCAGUAAAAGGUUCAGAUGGCUCCUUAGAUUUAACUCUGUGGAAAGCAGGAAUUCCGGGAAAAGCAGGUACAUUAUGGGAAGGUGGAGUUUACCCGAUCAGGUUGGAUUUCCCACCAGAAUAUCCAUCAAAGCCACCCAGAGUGAAGUUUCCUGCGGGGUUCUACCAUCCAAAUGUGUAUCCUAGUGGUACUGUUUGUUUGAGUAUUUUGAAUGAAGAGCAAGACUGGAAGCCGGCAAUCACAUUGAGGCAGAUAGUUUUGGGAGUACAAGAAUUAUUGGAUACGCCAAAUCCAGAUUCGCCAGCACAAGAGCCUGCUUGGAAAGCUUUCAGCAAGGAUCGGAAAUUAUAUGAGCAGAAAGUGCUAGAGCAAGUUAAACGCUAUCCACCUACUGUGUAG